CAAAGCAGCCAUUCAGCAGUGGGAUGGAUCCUGACUACUAAAGAGGAGAGAGGGAGACUGAAAGAGCGAGAGAGAGAGAGCAAGAAAUGGGGGAGUGGUGGGAGAGAGAGAGAGAGAGAGAGAGAGAGAGGAAGCGAAAAAGAGAGUGAAAGGCUCCACACGGCAGAAUAUAAAUCUGUAUGUUAACAGGGCUAAAGCUGGAGGUCUGCAAGCGGCUUUAUGCUGGUGGGGGGUGGACAUUAACCAUCAAGAGGUGGUCUCCCCUAUUAACUGAGGAUCUGUGCAAAUAAGGAAGUGGGACCCGUGGAAGCUGCGAACGCCGGUUGUCAAGCACAGUGGUGGGUUGGUCGGAGGUCCGUGACCCUCUCAUUUUCCUAUCUGGAAGAAAAGGGAAGAGCAAAAGAGACACGAGACAAAAAGGAAGGUGCCAGCAAGAGACCAGUGAGCCGUUUCUCUCUUUAUUACCUCCAUUCACAAAACCAUUGCAUCCCAUUAUCACAGCGAUGUAGAGGCAUUCUCUCCGAUUGGAGGAGGAAGGGUCCCAUUGACUGCUUAGGCUUAGCACCACUCUCAAAACGCUAGCCCUUUUCAUUGCGGUCUCCCCCCUCAUCUGUCGCCUCUAUCCUCACGUCUGCUGUUCCCUCUGUUCUUCUCUCUUCUCUUGUCCCUUGUAUUCUUGUCCCUUUUCACACCACUCAGGAAUCAGGAGGCAUUGCGUUUUGGUAGAAGUGGGUGUUUCUGGAGCUGUCAUUGUGUUUGGUGCUGCUACAAAGGACAGCUGAGCGGAGAGUGCGCGAUACAGCUUUGGAGAUAAAAAAGCCACCUGAAAGAAAAGAGGGGGACCUGGGACUACGGGAGCCGCUGACAACCUCUGUAAGGGAAUCAAGAAGCAGCGUGGCAAACCAACACUGCCAGUUGGAUUCUGCUAUUGCUGUUGCUAAGCAAAGUCACUAACCUGAAGUUCUUGGACAGACAGUGUUGAUCAUCCCUCUACAGCCAUGAAGGGAAGCUCAGAGGAAAGCAUUGAAAGCACCAGGCCCUCAAACCUGCAGGCUUUCGCUAACAUGUCCACCCUACAUGGCAUGAGUCACAUAUUCGCCUAUGGACACAUGACAUUCCGCCGGUUCCUUUGGUCUCUUUCGUUCCUGGGCUCUCUGGGGUUGUUGAUGAUCGUCUGCAUGGACCGAGUGUCCUAUUACCUGGAGUAUCCUCACGUCACCAAGCUGGACGAGGUGGCUGCGACGAACCUCACCUUCCCGGCAGUUACCUUCUGUAACCUCAACGAGUUCCGCUUCUCCAAAAUCACCAAGAAUGACCUCUAUCACGUGGGAGAGCUGCUGGCCCUCCUCAACAAUAACUACCAGAUAGCCAACCCACACUUGGCUGAGCCCGAGGUUCUGGCCGCCCUUAAGGAUAAAGCCAACUUUCAGAACUUCAAGCCCAAACUGUUCAACAUGACUGAUUUCUACAACCGCACAGGUCAUGACAUCGGUGAGAUGCUACUGCAGUGCACCUUCCGAGGAGAGGAUUGCUACCCAGUGAAUUUCAGCACAAUUUACACACGCUACGGAAAAUGCUACACGUUCAACUCGGGAUUGGAUGGCAACCCUCUGUUGACCACGUUGAAAGGUGGCACGGGGAACGGCCUGGAGAUCAUGUUGGAUAUCCAGCAGGAUGAAUACCUCCCUGUCUGGGGAGAGACAGAUGAGACCUCCUACGAAGCAGGCAUCAAGGUUCAGAUCCACAGCCAGGAUGAGCCGCCCUUCAUUGACCAACUGGGAUUUGGUGUGGCCCCUGGUUUUCAAACUUUUGUGUCAUGUCAGCAGCAACUGCUUCAGUACCUCCCUCCGCCGUGGGGCGACUGCAAGUCGACUCCCAUAGACUCUGAGUACUUCUCCACGUACAGCAUCACCGCCUGCCGCAUCGACUGUGAGACCCGCUACCUGCUGGAGAACUGCAACUGCAGGAUGGUUCACAUGCCGGGGACUUCUACAGUUUGCACACCUGAGCAGUACAAAGACUGUGCUGAUCCGGCUUUAGACUUUUUGGUGGAGAAAGACAACGAUUACUGUGUCUGUCAGACGCCCUGCAACAUGACCCGCUACGGCAAGGAGCUGUCCAUGGUUAAGAUCCCCAGUAAGGCCUCCGCUAAGUAUCUGGCUAAGAAAUUCAACAAAACUGAGCAAUACAUUGGAGAGAACCUCAUGGUCCUGGACAUCUUUUUCGAAGCUCUGAACUACGAGAAGAUUGAGCAGAAGAAGGCCUAUGAAAUCGCGGGGCUCCUCGGUGACAUUGGAGGUCAGAUGGGGCUGUUCAUCGGAGCCAGCGUUUUAACAAUACUGGAAAUAUUUGACUACCUAUAUGAGGUGUUUAAGGACAAGGUCUUGGGUUACUUCACACGCAAGAAACGACCUCAGCGUUGCCAGAGCGACAAUCUGGAGUUUCCAGAGAACCCAACCAGCCCUGGUGUCACGCCUAAUCAUGCCCCCAGAGCACCUGUGACACCCUCCGGAGUCACUCGGACAGUCUCGGAUUCACGCCGAACAUGUUACCUCGUCACCCGACUCUAGGCAACUUCGAGGAGUUUGCCUGUUGACGACAUAAAGGAGGGGUCGGGGUCGGGGGUGGCACCAUGUGGGGGACUCGCCAGCAAACUGUGAAAUAAUUUAUGUAUUUACCAGAACAAGGGGUUGAUUGUAUAACUCAAAAUCCUAUAGUAGAGUUUAUCAAUGCCUGAAUAGAAAUAGAAUACUAUCAUCCGAAGAAAAAAAGAAAAAAAGAGAGAGAGACCACUUCCAAAACAGAACUCAGGUUUAACUGCCAUGUCAAGGCGUCAGUGUUAAUUUAUUCAUGUUUCAUUUUGUGCAAAUUGUUUUUUCUUAUCCAGUCACUUUACAAUAUACAAUCGCUGAAGAUAAUAUACGUGUCCAAAAAGGGAUUCUGACGAGUUACUGUUGUGCUAGUUCUUUCUGUACACCAGUGGAAAAAUAGAAGUCCACAUGUGGACGGUGGUGUGUGUAACUUUGCGGUUUCUUCUCGGUGUAAACGUCUCCCGCAUUUUAACCGAUGCCGUAUCCAGUGACCUUAUACCCGUCACCAGUUAGGAGAGCAGAGCCUUUUUACAAAUCUGCUCCACUUUGACGAGCUGAUUGUCGGAUGUGAAGAGAGCUGCUCCCACCGGGAUCAACGCACUGCACCAGUGUUACACGUUGCCUUUUGCUACUUGGAGGCUUUCGAGUCGAGCCUCGUGAGUUGAACAACAAAGUGUUUGGGAACAGAACAGGAACUGGAUUAUUUGUAAAUAUAAAAGGAUUGAGUUGAGACGCCGGAAGCGACCGAGCUGGAUGUGUUUUGUUAACGUUACUCACUUUUUACAUAAAGUACAUUUGAAAAAAGAGAGUCAGGAGGCAAAACAGGCUGUUGAUUGUACCUUUAUAUCUUUAUAUAGCUGAUAUGUUCAUUUUCAUUCACGUCUCUCCCAUGUUUUCGGGGAUGCUGGCGUUCAGCCGCUGUAGAAGUCGGUCCUUAUUUCACGUGGAACUCAUCAGACCAAAAACAACAAGUCAGGCGCUCUUCUGCCUUUUCUAAUAAUUCUGUUGUUUUUCUCGUCGUGUCUUAAAGGUGUUGAUCAGCACAAUGAUAGUAAUCUAUUCUCUAUUGAACAUGAGUGGGGGGGGUUUAAAUGAGGAUUGUUGCUGACGGACAGAUUCUGGCUGAUUGCAACAUGACAGCGGGAGAGUUUAUCAUGUAGGAGAGAAUUGCCUCAAAGCAUCAAAACCACCAUGCACCUCGGUUCAGUUGAUUUCUAACAGAAAUGCAUUGUACAAUUUUCCCAUUGUAUCCUCCUAUUAUUAUUAUUAUUAUUGCAGAACAUGUAAUGAGUCACAAAUAAGAGUUUGUGAUAUAUAAAUGAUCAAGUAUAAUAAACUCUAUAUUUACCCAUCUUACUCAUGUACACAACUUCUCUUCUUAUCUCUGUGUCUGUCCACUUCCUCCCUUCCUCUUGAAAACCCUUGACACCACAGUUAUGGACUUGUAGGUAGACUCACACAUCCCCGGCUAUAAAUACUUUAUUGACUUUUUCUUUUCUCUCUAACGAUGUGAAACUUUUCAAGUAUAAUGCCGACCACAGUGAGUGGUGUUCAUGAACAUUGUAGCUUUAUUACUCUGUUGUCUGUUGUGUUAGAUGACUGUUGAUGUGAAGCACAAACCCUUGGAGAUCAGCCAUCACUCGAAAAGCCAGUGACAGGACGUCUCUGGCUGUGACUACCUUUUACGGAUCGACUUUUAACUUUCCCACACUGUUGCGCACGGUGUGUGUGUUCACUGCUCCGGCGUUAUCAGGGAUAACGCGCGCUUUCCCCGAGAGGAGCCAGAGACUUUAUCCAAAUGGGAAUUUUACCUUUCAGGAAAAGAAAGCAAACAAACAAACAACAACAAAGAAAAGGGUGAAAUCAGUGGCGUUGCGUCAUGAGCAAUAAAUGCACUGGAUGAGAAAAUACCACUGUUAAAACAAAUUUGAUUUGGGAUUAUCACGACAUGGUCAACAGACGACAAGCAGCUGCUAACUGCAACACACUAACGUACGAUACACGUGAACAACAACCAUCAUCAGCCAAAAAACAGAAAGAGACACAAAAAAAUGCCAACUCACGUUACGCGAUGAUGCUGUUCUGAAGAUGCUGCAUUGCCAUGAUGAUUUUAAAGUGUGUGUGAGAGUGCGCGUGUGUAACGUUGAAACUACCGUGAACUGUUGGGGUGCCCCCCCCCGCCUUACCAGUAGAGGAACAGCAGAGUGUACGUGAACUGGCAGAAACUCAUCCGUGACCUGUGUGUGCUCAUCAAUUUCGACCGACAUUUACUGCAUAGCUAUGACCAAGUAGAAACACAAUAUCCUAUACUGUUACUAUACUGUACAGAGAUUUGAGCUAUUUUAUUCUUACAGUUCCUAAUAGUUCUAAUAGUGACCACACGGCACAGCCCCCCUGUUUCCUUCCUGCAUGACCCCUGUGUACCCCUCUAUUAUCUCUGGUCUCUGAAUGUCAUAUUAGCCGAGCUAUUCACUUUGUACUGUCCAGAGUGUAUUUCUGGAGCCAGGUGAAUUUGAGAGAGUUCUCCAUAUCGUGUGGUGCAGUUUGGGAUCUUUAUGAUUAAAAAAAGAAAAGGUUUGGGAUCAUGCAACAUUUAACUAAAGAAACUUUAGUGUGCAGAUGUAGAAAAUUACAAUAUCACAUAAUGUGGCUUCGAGGGAUAAUAGAUGUGCCUUUAAGACUGGUUCUUUCAGGAAACAUUAACAUUUCACCCACACACACGUGGGGAACUGGAUUUGCUUCAUCUGGCUCGCUGUGCAUUUUAUUGUAGAUAUGUGAUUUUAACUCUGAACUGUACAUUAAAUAGUUCAUACAAUGAA